UAACUCCAACCAAACAAACAAAGCCUUUCCUGAUUUGUCCUAUAAUCGGAAUCAUCGUUCAUAACUACAACCCAUCAAUACUUCUGUCGUCUUGUUUCGGUUUGAAGUUUUCUUUUCCUUUGGUUUGGUUUCUGAAGAAACUGGGUUGAUUUGCAACUUGCAGAAAAAGUAGGUUGUAAAUGGAAAACUAUGAUUUGAAUACAAUAACCUUGGGAGUGAUUUCAUGGGCAACAAUAUUCCUGUUGACCAGAAAGUUUCUGCAGAAUUAUUCUUUCGAGUUCUGCAAUCGCCUGGUUUCUUCAAUCCACGCCAUUGUAGCUGUGACAUUAGCUUGUCUCUCAGUCGAAGAUUGGAGGUGCCCUGCUUGUCCUUUGGCUUCAAACCCUUCACCAAGUCAGAUGCGAGCUUUGGGUGUGAGUGUUUCGUAUCUGAUAUAUGAUCUGAUAUGUUGCCUCUUCGACAAGCAAUUCAAUCUGGACAAUACAAUUCAUCAUUUGGUGAGCAUUGUUGGCUUGGGAGCUGGCCUUCUCUAUCAUAAGAGUGGAUCAGAACUGGUUACCGCACUCUGGAUAACCGAGAUGUCUAGCCCUUUUCUCCACCUCAGAGAGCUUCUUAAGGAUCUUGGUUACAGGGACACUCCCCUUAAUUUGGCAGCCGAUAUAUCAUUUGCAGUUAUAUUCACUUGCGCUAGAAUGAUUGGUGGGCCUUACCUUACUUAUAUGACUUUGAGAGCUGAUAAUCCCCUAAUUGUUAAGGUAAUGGCAGUGGGAUUACAGCUGGUGAGUGGUUUCUGGUUCUACAAGAUUGCGAGAAUGAUGAAGUACAAGCUCGCCAAAGCCACGCCUAAGAAACCAAAAAAGUUCAAUUAGGGCACUUUGCAUUUAAAAGUCCAAAAUCAAUUGAGAUGCAAAAAUGAUAGAAAUUUAAUAAUUCUUAUUGAUUGUAAAUGAUAGCAAUUUAUGGUGUUUAUUAGAUAAUUGUAGUUAUUAGAUAAUAGUGACAAUAAUGCUUAGAGAGUGAUAUGUUGCCUAAUAAUUAGAAUAUAAUUUUAAAAUGUUUUUCAUGAAAUAUAUUUAAAAAAACUUAUUUUUUA